AUGGCAAAAGUACAGCACUUGGUAAAUGGUGCAUCGCAGACUGAGUCGCUGAGAAUGAGCGGUGCUGAUGGCAAGAAGACCAGCUUCAGUUUGGAGCAAGCCUUCGAAGAGCUUCGUCUACGUGAUGCUGAAGUCCAGAAGCUUCAUGCCUUUCAGAGAAAAUUGCAAGCAAAUAAGACUGAGGAAAGAGAGUCGGAACUUGCAAUUGAGCACAGCAUCAUCCUGCAAAGAGCGAGAAACGAGCGAGAUGCUGUGCGGCAAGAGGCUGAAGAUGCACUGAAGCGGCAUUUGCAUGAACAAGAACAAGAGAGGAGAAGACGUGCGGAGGAAGAAGAGCUUCGGGUGCAGCGUGAACUACAAAAGAACGCGGAACGUGAUCGAGAAAUUAGGGAGGAACAGGAAAGACUACGGAAAGCCGAGGAGGAAAAAGCUCGAGUCGAGGCCCAGCGACUACGCGACGAGCAGGAACGAGCUAAGGCCGCUACUAAAGAGCGCGAGAAGAAAGAAGAUCAGCAACGACGAGAACAACAGGAAAGACAACGACUCGAAACCGCUAGGAAGCAAGCUGAAGCCGAUGCACAACAGAAAGCACAGAAAGCAGCAGAUCAUCAACGUGAGACAGCUGCUGCAGCAACAGCCAGCUCACCGGAACGAAUCCACCAAGAAUACGUCGACCUCUAUCUCAAGCUUAAGGCUUGGAAGAACAACUUUUGGGAAGACCUUCGUACACAGGCCAAAACGCACAAAAACCCCAGCAUCAAGAGCCUAGUUUCCGACGUGCGCAGUACCAUCAGAUCCGAAGUCGGCAAGCUCAAUGCCGGCGACAAAGAGGUCAACAAGUUAGCCACGACCAAAUUGAAAGCGAGGUUGACUGAAGCCUUACAGAGUCCGGCUCCAGUGGUAGGCCAGCACAUGCCUGUCAACUUUUUUUUACCACCCUCACUCAACCUCAACGACAACGACGCAGCCAAAAUAACUGACCAGGCGGCCUAUUUCAUCUGUGUUCUAGCUCAACAGGUAGUGAAAAUCUUCACUUCUUAUGUUCAUGGUGCACCUGAACGUGCUGAGCCCAUUGGUAUUAUGCUCACAUCGAUCUUCGCACUGAAAGAGUUACAAUUUCCUCGUCAGGGUUCUGACUUGGCUGAGAAAGAAAGAUCUCAAUCUCUUUUCCCAAUAUUCUUGGCUAAGUAUCAUCGCGUUUGUCCAGCCUUGUUCGGGAUCUCGGCGAACCAAGGGACUUUACCAGGCAAACAACGUCUCGGCUGGGCGAUGUUACCAGCUGCGGACGAAGGAGCCUCGAAGACAACCUUUGUAUCAGAUCAAACCCACUACGAUCGAAUGACUGGUCUUGCAAUCGGCUAUUCGAGCUUCGCGCUCCGCAACUUCAGCGCAGCCAGUGUGUCCAAUCCAUAUCCACCCGUUCAUUUCUGGAAGAGUCUAGCACAGAUUAUCAACAUGUCGCCAGAACUUGUUCAGCCGACGCACGUUUGCAUCCUGCGACACAUGUUUGGCUCAGGUGGUAUUGGACGGUUCCUCCUUUUCUUCGGCGCGGUCGGCGUAGCGGUACUACGUGAAGCUUACGUUGAAUUUCCAAAAAGAUUGCCCGAGGCGAUGAAGAAGGACUCAUUCGUUUUGGAGCUUGAUGUGUUUGUUACAGUCAAGUUGGGAGAGAAAGAACAUUUACAUCUAGUGUAG